GUUCAGUAGACAGAAACACGUGGAGUCCUUUUCCUCCCUAGGUCUUGUUCUACAACGCGAUAACCAUGCCAAAGUCAAAGAGGGACAAGAAAAUUUCACUAACAAAAACAGCCAAGAAGGGUCUGGAAACAAAACAGAACUUAAUAGAAGAGUUGCGGAAAUGUGUGGAUAUGUACAAGCACCUGUUCAUCUUCUCUGUGGCAAACAUGAGGAACAACAAAUUGAAAGACAUCAGGACAGCCUGGAAACACAGUCGAUUAUUUUUUGGAAAAAACAAAGUGAUGAUGAUCGCUAUAGGUAAAGGAUCAACAAGCGAGUACAAAGACAAUUUGCACAAGGUCAGCAGGUUUCUGAGAGGAGAAGUGGGUGUGUUAUUCACAAAUAAAACCAAAGAAGAGGUACAAGAGUAUUUCAGCCAGUUCAAAGAGAUGGAUUUUGCACGAGCAGGAAACAAGGCAGGGAUGGCCUUAACACUUGAUGAAGGACCCCUGGAACAGUUCCCUCACUCCAUGGAGCCACAGCUGAGACAGUUGGGACUCCCCACAGCACUCAAGAAAGGAGUGGUGACGCUACUGAAAGACCAUGAAGUGUGCAAAGAGGGAGACACACUAACCCCUGAACAGGCCCGUAUUCUGAAACUCUUUGGGAUUGAGAUGGCUGAAUUCAGAGUGCAGAUCCAGUGCAUGUGGAACUCUGAAACAAGCGACUUUGAGAAGCUAGCUGAGGAAGAGGCCAUGCAGGAUAACGAUGAGGAAGAAGGGAAUUAAUCUGGAUAGAGCAAUGGACUUCUCAGACUUGUUUUUAAUACCGUGCCUUUUUUUUUAGGUCAAAACAAACUACUUUAAAGUGUUUCCUAAUUGCAAUGUUACCCAUGGAAUUGUGUAUAUACAUUUGUGCUUUAUACAUUUUUUUUGGUCCACUCAAAUACAACAGUACAAACUUACAGUAUGCUGGGUUGUGUCCUAUAAAACAUCCCACAAAAGAAAGUUGGAAUUGUUAAUGCGAAGUAUAUCUUUAAGCUAGGCUGUAAAAUCGCAACGCCGUGGCAGAUAUCAUUAAGGAAAAAAAUACUGUCCCAAUUGCUCCAGUUUAUUAAAGUCAAGACAGCCACCAGAAAAAGUUUCCUGAACCCAACUACCCUCAAUUUACAUGAAGUGAUAUAAUAGGACCAAAAUCAUAAUCGCCACUUUUCUUAAUAAUUUCAUUAAAGCAUCAAUCUGAUAA